UGGAUUCUAGUAAACUAUUUCAAAGUCGAAUUUGUGCUUUUAAAACUGAUUUUAGCGAGUAAAUACAACAAUACUCUGGAAUUCUGCUGAAGCAGCGCCACCCGUUGAUUGGACGGUAAUUGAUUGACAGGGCUCUUUAAAUAGGUGGCCACGCCCACCCGUAGUAAGAUGGCGCCGUUGAUGUCGACUCGUAGUGCAUGCCGUACCACAUAAACACGAACAUUUUGGCCCAAAAGAACAUAGGAGGCCCGGUUGGUCAGAUCUACCUCAUAAAUUAAGAUGUUGUGGUACCUUCACGCUCAGUCUCUACCUCAGGGAAUAUGAAAUCAGCCCGUAAACAGUGCCGUUUUUAGUGUUGGACAUUUUGUGAAAGUGUUCAUGUAUGUUGAUACACAGUGUAAUGUACUGCACUGUGUGUAAUCGGAUUGCUCAGCUUGGCCUAUUUCCUGUACUACCUCAACGUCAAGUCCAAGGCCCAAUGGUCAACGUCCCCGAUGGCAGCAGCAUACCCAGAGCAGCUCGGCGACAGGUCCACAUGCCAGCUUUGCCUGGAUCAUUUAGAAGACCCGAAAGUGCUGCCGUGUAUGCAUUCAUUUUGUCGACGAUGUCUCGAUGACCUGGCUUGCGGGGGUGAGGACAGGAUAGUCCAGUGCCCCACGUGUCAUCAGAGGAUGUCCUUAGGGGAUGCGGGAGUGGAUGGAUUACCAUCAAAUUCAUUCAUAAAUAACAUCAAUAACAUUCUUGACGUCGUCACUCAGGAAGAGGAAUAUGAAUCGCCUCGGGAACUCGAGAAAACGCGCUAUUGCAGUUCGUGUGAAGACGGGAGUAAAGCUACCUCACAGUGUCGUAAUUGUACAGAAUUCUUGUGUGAUAAAUGUGUGCGUGCCCAUCAAAGAGUGCGUCUCACCAGAGAUCAUGAAAUAGUACGCUUUAUGUAUAACUCUGUAACCAGUAAACCUCAGCCACAGCUUGUGGCCUCGCCUAUUCAACCAGUCUCGGACCGACCUCCUAGUUUUUGUAGUAAACAUGAACAUGAAGUAUUACGUUUGUAUUGUGAUACUUGCUCGCAACCUAUUUGUCGUGAAUGUACCAUGAGUGAUCACCUCAGGCAUAGCUUCAUCUACCUCCAAGACGCCGUCGAAAGUUCAAAAAGUAUAACAUUAAAACUUCUAUCAGAUGCUGAAGCGGGUAUAUCAGCAAUAGAGGACAGUAUAAAAGCCACUCAGGGAAUGGCAGAACAGGUCGAAACGCAAGCUCAGGCCGUCGCGACGGAGGUGCGUCAAACAACACUCCGUCAUCUUCACGCCCUUGAGGACCGCGAACGUCAGCUCUUGCGGCAAGUGGAAAGAAUUCGUCAGGUGAAGGGCAAGUCGCUUCAUUUGCAAGUUGAGGAACUGAAAAAAGGUUUAUGUGGUCUGUCUGGCACCGUAGAAAAGGUUCGUCUUUCACUGGAAUCGGGUACUGAUGUUGACGUCCUUAAAACCAAAGAUGAUAUGGUUUUGUCAAUAAACAACAUGCGGCAUCUGAGAAACUAUCUUCAACCUCAUGAGGACAAUUAUAUUGUGUUUACGCCACCAGACGCUGCACUUCAUGUCGCCAUCUGUCACAUGGGCUUCAUCAGUAGCAGCGCCUAUGCUCCAAAUUGUGUGGCCACUGGCGACGGACUGAAACGCGCCCUCAAAGGGAAGGUGACGUACUUUCAAAUCGCAGCCAAGGAUCAUCACGGGGAUGCUCGGAUGGUGGGAGGCGAUCCAAUCGAUGUGAUAAUUCAGAGUCCAGAGGGCGUCCUGUAUCGUGCAGAAAUCGUUGAUCGUCAGAAUGGAACCUACACUGCGAAUUAUCGUCCGCAGAUCGAGGGUAGUCACAUUAUCUCUGUGACAAUUCAUGGUAAGCAUGUUUGUGAUAGUCCUUUUACAGUGACUGUUCGCAGCGGGCGAGAUUACACCAAACUUGCCACGACUGGUUUGCCGGAAUUCGUUUUUGGCGGCGAAGGCGAACUUGAGGGUCGACUCUGCAGGCCAUGGGGAGUCUGUUGUGAUAAGGAUGGUAACAUCAUCAUUGCAGACCGUUCGAACAAUCGGGUUCAGAUCUUCACCUCCAGGGGAAAGUUCAUGCACCAGUUCGGCUCACCAGGAUCAAGAAAUGGACAGUUUGAUCGUCCAGCUGGCGUGGAAAUCGAUGCGAAAAACCGAAUUGUCGUAGCAGAUAAAGAUAAUCACAGAGUUCAGAUUUUCACAUUUGAAGGUGUUUUUCUCCUCAAGUUUGGUGAGAAAGGUGGUAAGAAUGGGCAGUUCAACUAUCCGUGGGACGUGGCGUGUAACUCUGAGAACCAGAUCCUUGUAUCAGACACACGCAACCACAGGGUUCAACUUUUCACACAAGAUGGUCAGUUUCUGAACAAAUACGGGUUCGAAGGUCCGUUGUGGCGCCAUUUUGAUUCGCCACGCGGUGUUGCCUUCAACAGUCUCGGUCAUGCCUUUGUAACAGAUUUCAAUAAUCAUCGUUUGCUUGUGAUUCAGCCAGACUUUCAGUCGGCACGGUUCCUGGGUACAGAGGGUUCCGGAAAUGGUCAGUUCAUGCGACCCCAAGGUGUUGUGGUUGAUCAGGAGGGUAACAUCAUAGUUGCCGAUUCCAGAAACUACCGGGUCCAGAUUUUUCAGCCAAAUGGCACGUUUUUGUGUAAGUUUGGAUCCCAGGGAGGGGCACCAGGUAAUUUAGAUCGACCCUCUGGGAUCGCUGUUUCACCAGACGGCUUAUUGGUCGUGGUGGACUUUGGCAACAAUCGUGUUCAACUGUUCUAGGUACCAGUCUCUACAGGUGGCUAACCCUUGGACUGAGGUGUGGAGACAAUAUUUUUGUCCACGCAUCCGGGGUGACCGGAGACAGGGUAACGAUUUUACCAAUGAAAAAGCUUGGCUUGACAGUACUCAUAGAUGAGUGUCGCUGUACUUCUAAGGCUAUACCAAUUUGAUUGUUCAGUUUUAGGAUUUCCUGUGGGCAAAAAUUAAAAAAAUAUAAUUUUAUAUACGUUCCAAGUCAAUUUAGGAUGCGGGGGUAUCAAAUCACUUGAAGAUCAGGAUGUGUGAAUUUUUUAUCUAAUCUAGUUAACUUGCUGGUGUAAUACUUUUUCAAGGGAGAAUUGUUCUCAACAAAAAAGAAAGUGGGUGGCAGUAAUGACACUAACAGUAGUGUUGGAUAAUUCUCUGUAACACCAGAAAGCUGUGGCAAAGGACAUAACGUUUGAAAUAUGGUCUUUUUUACCAUCGGGUCGAAAUUUUUUGAAAAACAAACAAUCAAAUUGGAAUGGCCGUGUGAUGGAUAUUUUUUAUGAAUUUUUUCUUUGGUGAAUAACGGUCGCCCCAGUCAUUGGUAAAUCUGCCCCUGAGAGUGAGAGUGCGAUACUCUCAUCAUACUAUGUGUGUGUAUUGGAACUCAGGAAAAAACCCAUACUUCUUGCUCAGGUGUUAUACAAAUUAUUUCAAACGCCAAAGGCAAUACUUUAUCUCAGGGAUUCUUCUACGAAGUAAUAUAUUGAUGUAGUAUUAAUUUCAGAAAAAGUGUACGGUAAAUGAGAAUAAGGACAAAUGUGAGGACUAUUUAUUGUUGAUUCGGUAGAUAGCACAGAUAAUGAAUAAUAAUAACAUAAAUAAUGGAAAUGGUAUUUGCUAUCAAUGCAAGCAUACUGCUGACUUUUUCGUUUUUAGAAAGUAGCCUUCAACGUUUUAGUGACCGUGUCAUUUUUACAUGUCCGUUUUGGUCAAUAUAUUUAGCUUCUGCGCUGUCUCACAGUAAACAGGUAGUUUUUAAAAACGGUACAGUUUUAUUUUAUGUUCAGAAUCGAUGAAGAUCAGAAGCAUGCGGGAGAGGGAGAGUUGCUCAGAGUUUAGUUAAGUUGUUGACUGCCCAUUCUUUAAUCUUGGUCAAGUGUGGUUUGAGGGAUUCGGUGAAAUUCCAGGUCGUUGAGAAACUUUCGACGCUAAUGAUAGCUUCUUAUGAUUGUUGUAUGCCACAGCUUUUUUUCGCAUCAAGCAUGUUGGCUGUCCUUGGCUGUUUUGAGCAUCAUAUCGCUGCACCUUCAUUGAAAAGUGCCCUGCAAACGAGCAGUUUUUUUCGCCACGCCCUGUGUGACUUGUGACAAAAGUCUGUCAUUUAUGGUCAUGAUCAUCGCAGUUACUGUGACAAGAAGCCGUCAGUCGCCGGUUUGACUCGCGAUCCAUAUCAAAUCAGUUUGAAUGCAGGUGACAGUUUGUUCUUAAGCCGUAAAAAUGGCCGGUCGCAGACUUUUCGGAUGGGGACUGUUGCUCAUGUGCCGGAGACCUUGAGAUGGUUUGGAAACCUUGUCAUGAUAAUCGUCAUAGGUCGUAGCGAUAGAAAUCACUCGUUUGCGGGCAAUAGUAAGUAACUUGUACAUGUAUACUAUUUUGAAAUUCUUUAGAAAAUCAAUUCACUGAAUUCAUUUGCAUGAUGCAUUCAGGUUCUAAUUGCUUUUUGGACAUGAAACAGCAAUUACAUUCUAGGCAUUAUUCGAAAUAUUCAACGUUCUUCAGGUUUUUGAUUGAAGUUGAACUACAGAUACGCAUGAAAAUUGCAUUAAUUAUUGAACUAACACAGCAUACAGUUUUUAAAAAAGUACUUGUGACUUUCGCCAACAUAAUUUUUUAACAUAAAAAUAAGUGGGGAAGAAUUCAUCACUUUAGUGAGGUUUAUAGGGGUAAAAUAUUCAUUCUUGUACGUCGGUACUUGCAUUUUUGUUGCAUCUGAACAUGGUUUCGAUAAAAAAGCUCAGAACUAAUACUGUUAUCAAACCAGUUCAGCAUUGAUUUUGGUACAAAAUACCUUAAAUUUGGUCGACUUUUAUUUUUGGCAGGGGAUCAAGUCCAUGUGGAUGUCCAUCAAAAUAUGUUUGAAGUUGAUAUGAUUCUAAAACGCUUUUGAAAGCCGGUCUUUGUCAUUGUUUUGAAAAUUCAGAAAAAGCAUUGAAAUGAACUUAAUUUUAUCUUUUUUGCAUUGCCUACAAGCAAAAGUCGAAUUCCUUCUCCCGUCAUUUACUGACUUCUCCCAAUGUCAAUUGUUGUACAACUUUUACCUUGGCUUUGAAAUAUCUGAUUAUCUCUUCAGUACGACUCUCUCGCUACUAGUGAAACCAACAUCCUCCUAGUUUGGUUGAUCUUUAAACAGCUGGACAACAGGAUUCGUCUAUAUGCUUCUUUAUUGGAUCAGUCUUGCUGUACAUAGAUUAUUGUGGACCUCGCCUACUCCGAUCUAUCCUGAUCUCUCUAGAACUAGGAAUCAAGCUAGAAUUUAUAUCAUUUUGUGUUUUGUUUUAGGUUACUAAUGACCAAAAUAAGGAACUCAAUUCAGUGGGCGAAUACGCCAAACAUUCUGUCGUCACGGGGUUGUUUCUAGAGAGACUAGCUUUAAGUCCUAGCAAUCAUCAACAUUCUGUUGGUCAUAUGUAUCGAACCACAAUAUACACCUACAACUUCUAGGAACUUGACCAGUGACGCAAGGGUAAAGCGAAGUCCAGCUGGAAGUUUUGGCAUGACUUUGGUCACCCGUGUUGUGGUAUCAACAUGGUUAUGUCGAUGAUCACCAUACGUAAUACCAACAUGGAAUGCCUAAUCCAGUUCCUUGUUAUAGAAAUACAAGCCUAGCAAUGGUUCUAACAUAGGGCUAACAACACAAUUAAUAAAUGACAAUUUAACUAAAUUAAAUACAACCAAAUAUACCCUCGGUAUCACUAGGGUCCGCUUCCACCACAGAUCGUUGCAGUUUCCGCUUUUGCAGGUGUUCAAUCAUAUCAGUUACAGUUGUUGAGACAAUAUCUGGACCUAUCUCGAAAUUAAUCCAACGUCGGCAAAAAUCCCACUGUGUUCAUGGUCAGAUUCCCUUAUAAAGUCUUGUGCAGACAGUAUUCUUACAAGAGGUAGUCUAAGUGGAAUCCAUUCAUCAAAAAAAUCAGUGGUUCAGUGAUACCAAUUGCUCUUACUGAAUAUAUAUGUAUGACUUCUGUUUUAAAAGCCAUACAGAAUUCAUCAAUCCAUCUGUCGUUGUUCUUGUUCUUUGGAUAUGCAGGUUUCUAUGGAAACGGUCGCUUGCUUAAUAUUGGUUGUCCUCUCUCAGUCUGUCAGUUAUCAGAGAAGGGAAAAUUGUUUUAAAAAGUUUUUGUGGAGUGAUUAGUUUGUUUUGUUGAAUUGCUUUAUUGAAAUAGAAUUUGUUACAUACAUGUAUUUCAAACUCAUCGUCAAACUCAUAGUUUUAAGUCUAAUAUUUUUGUCGAAAAAAAGUGAUAAGGACUUCUUUCAACAUUCUGAUUCUUUUUCCAUCACAAAAAAACUUUCUUUUUGAUUGCACACUCAGUUUUUAUUCUACUGCCUAAGGAUGACGACCUCUGCUUCUGCUUUUAAACCUUUUUAUUCAAGAAAAAAUGUCAUGAAAAAAUUAUGUCUAAAUUUGGUCAAAAGGUCAACCAGAGGAGCAGUCGCAGACUUUUUUCCUUGAUUUAUCUUCUAUGAAAAACUCAAUUUUGCGUAUUUGCUUUUGAAAUACAAUGAAAUUUUGAUUUGAUUAAGAUGGGAAAAAACUUCAGAUUCUAACAUGGCCCAAGGACAAGUAUUCGGGAAGUGUUUACUGGAAGGAUAUUGGAUUUUUUCCUCACAAAUUGUUUCCUCUUUUUUCUUCCGACUAUCAUUUAACCAUCCAAAAACAGAAAUGUUUGAAUUCUUUUUUUGGCCGGAAAAUCAUUGUGAUGGAAGGGAAUAGUUGCUAGUUGCAUGUUUACUGCUGCAUUCUUGUAUUUGACUAGCCCUCUUUUUAUAGCCAUCGCAGGGCAGGAUUAUUUUCAGUCAACCACAAUUUUUUUUUCAAUUUCAUUUUGAUUUUUUCAACUAUCAUAACACCAGUUUCUUAGCUGUUAAAAUCAAAGCAUAAUAGAAAAGACUAUUUGAGGCGCUUUAGCAUGGUUUCAAGAAAUAUAUUUGGAAAAGAUGUGUUUUUUUGCUCUUUGAAGUAGAAGGUACAUGUAUGGUGGAGCUUGUGAUGGCCUCUUCUGCAUAGUUAACUUUCAGUUCAGGAAAUUGGGGUUCAAGUGAACCCUUUCCAGAGUCAGCAAAACUAAUGAAAGAAUUUGACUUUUGUAUAAUUUUAGGCCUAAUGCAUUGUAGUAUCCCCCAUUCAUGUUUUGCAGAGAGCAGGGGCCUAUGUCUGUAAUACGUGAUAAUAUCCUGUUGGCUUCAAGCCCACAUGAACAAGUUCUGGUUCUCUGCCAGUGUGGCAUGAUUAGGCGAAUGGAUAGCUGCAUGUAUGUUAUGCAGGCGUAUACUUACAUGCGAGCAUACAUGCACCCAUGGUAAAAACUCCUACAUUAUUGUAUUAUGCAUAACAUAUGAGCUAUUACUCAGGAUGACUUAAGACUAAAGUACGAUUAUGUAAUCCUAUCAGUGUAUUUAGUUAGUCUUUGAUAAAUAUAGUUGCUUGGGCUUCAGAAUGAGGUAAUUGGGCAAACAUUCUUUCUGGUUUUUGGCAUGAAUACAAGUUUUGGUUCAAUUGAAGCUUGGUGGUCUUCCAAUAGCAUUCCGCGAAGAUGACGUCACUGCAGCUGCUGCCCUCUAUUUCCCCAUCGCUGAAUUACAGGCAAUGUCGGACAAACAUGCGGUUUCGUAAUGGAUUCAGGCUUUCUAACUAGGGCAGUUAGAUUCAAUCUGGCACAUGUCCGAGUGUUGGAAAUACUACAUAAUUGUUCUGAAUAUUUCUCUCUCUGACUCCAUGGUAUCAUUCAUGCUAAAAAAAGAUGCAGGGUCAAAGAUAAUUGACUUUGAAAUAAGCUCAAAUGCGUAGAAAUAAGUGUCGAUGUCCGACUGUCACGUGACUAAAACGUCAACAAUAUCUUAUGCAAAUGACCUUGUGAGCUAUAAAUAGUAACGUCGCGGGAUGCUAUUCUAAAGAAUGAUCAUGUAAAGAAGAACAAAAUAACUAAGAGACUUUUCAUGGUGGCAGCACCAAUCAGGCCAAACCAAAGAAUACUCUGUUUAAAAGUCAUACAUGUAAAGAAAAGUUAUUUUGCUAAACGUCAGAAUUUGGUCAUGAUGACACUGACUGUAGGACAGCUUUAUAGACUCUGUUCAGAUUUUCUGAUAUCUGAUAUUUCUGGCUUGAAUCAGGUAGGGCUAUGUGUCUCAUCUUGUUUUGGAUCCCUCCAUUUGGCCUACCCUCCCAUUAUGCAGGCCAUUCUAAUCUACUGUGAGUAAUGAAGGGUUUUCAGUUAUGCAUUUCUAUCCCCUUUGCCAUGGCAACCAAUGCAAAACAUUACAUUAGCAGGAGCCCCCUCAGGAUGGAUUAUUUAACUCUUGGUAAGGCAAAGGAAAUGUACUUUCUGUUUCUGCAUUCUAGGUCCGUUAAACUUUGUUAGUUAAUUCUUGGUGAGGCAAUGGAGAUGGGUUCUCUGUUUCCGGAGUUAAGACUACAGGCUGGCACAGAAUUAUUUUCGGUUGCACAAUAGAAGUCUAUUGUGUAUCCAUUGUGUGAGGGAAAAUAUUUCUGGGCCACCCUAUAGAGCGUUGGAACUCUCUGUGUUCAAGGCCAUGGUUAUGGGUUUUCUGUUCCCGGGGUUUCAUGUCAACAUGUUUGGAAGUCAGAGAUGUCUUAUUUGGAACUCUUCGUUGAGAACAGAGGUGGGUUUGCUGGUUUUGGAUUUCAAGACCAUGAAUUUGUAUUCAGCCCAGCCCAAAGUCGAAGUGGCUUGAGGAAUGCGUUUUCUGGUUGAUCAGUGUCAACUUUGUAACUUAUUUUCCAAAAAAAGGCAAUGCAAAAAUGAGGUUUACCAUCCUGGAGAUGAUACAUUUGGACUUGAACUGACAAUGAAAAAAUGAGUGUUCUUCUCAAGUAACAUUGCCUAUAGUAUGGUGGUGCCAUCUAUCCAGGACAAUUGACAGAAAAAUAUCUCAUUUCAAUGUUUUCACUCGGCACAACUUCAAGACCAAUGACGAUGGGCAGCCACGACUGAUUCAUUCACAUGCUGUUCAAAUUUUUUGGCACAUUUUAGUACCUCAGGUUUAGUUUAUCUCACAGAUCACAAAUUUUUCAUUGACAAUAUUUUAUGAAUUUUCAGAAUAAGGUAAAGCAGAGCUUGCCAAAAUAGAAUCAGUGAACCUGCAGCCGCAGGAAAAAGGCAGACCACAGUGCAAUGUUCUGCAGUUGUCGAUGGGCAUUAUUUGCUUUAACCCUUUCAGCUCACAGUGAUCUGUAAUGGCACUGUUCAUGGUUGCUUCAAAACAUGAUUUGUUAAGCCUUGUCAAAUAUUCUUUUUUCACUUCUCACUUUUCGCACCAAUUGCUUAUAUUAUAUUUCUGCUGAAUCAUGGUUCACUAAUUUUUGUAUUUUUUUAUCAAUUGGAGCAUUUUAUGACUGGAUCACAGGUGGUAGCGAUUCAAAAUCGCCCGCCAUGUUUUUAGUACACUUAGGUAACUACUGCACUUUUAAAACUGUGAUGACCAAAUGACGCUUCUUUAUUUACAGCUUGUCCCGAAAAAAACCCAUUCAGUUUCUAGUGCAUUGCAUACAAGCAAUUUUGUUGCAGUUGUCGUUGUAAUAAUUAUUUGCUGUAAUGAGCAAUAUAAAAAUCUCUGCAAGUAAAAUUUCUCAUCACAGUGAGCUUUCAUAAAAUCAAACAAUUAUUAUUUUAAUCGCAAGUCAGGGAAAAAACCCAUCUGAAAAAUAUUGAAGAGGAGUCGUCGCAGCUUCAGUUAAGAGAUAUCAGUGUUGGUUGGUCCCAACUUAUAAGUUGCAUUAGUCUCCAGCUAGAACGAUUUACUUAAAUAUAAAGCUAAGCAUUUUACCUCAAACAUGUCUAAGAUUUAUGACAAAAAAACCACUCAAAGUCGUCUUUUCAUGAUUAUCAUUUAACUCUUUGUAAAUUUGUAAACUUGUGAUGCCCUUAAAGAGGCUUUCAUUUUAACCCAUGCAAACCUUGCAGAGUUCAACUUUGCCUGCAUCUUAAUGUAGACCUGCUUUCAAUUUCAUGUAUCUCGCUUAAUAGGGUAAAAAAGCACAAAAUUGUGAGUGUUCUUUUAAACUGCCAUGUCCCAUGCCAUAUAGAGAGAGCUUUAAAAGUUGCCCAAAACAGGCUGCUAUUAGCAUCAUUGAAAAUGAUAACCAAUGUUCAUGGUGUGUGUCAAUAUUAUUGGCUAUAGGCUUUAUUUUGUCCGUGGUUGAACCAUGAAACCGUUGGUGCAUGAUUUAGCACCCAUGUGGUCUGAAUCCAAAACUUGGCCAUUUUGAUGCAAAUUCAAUUGGUUUGUUAAGAAACCCAAUCAUAUUUUAAAUUGUUAAAAAUCUACAAGUUUGGUUGGAUAUUAGUGAAACAUAUAAUGCAAAAACAGGAUUAUAUUUGGACACAGUCCUUCAAACUUGAAUUUGUGUGACUCCCUGAGUUUUGUCAGUCACUACUGUCUCAAAGAAAGAUUUCAGCUUUUGUACUAAAGUGGUCAAACAGAGUGGAUGGCUAUAACAAUGUGGUCCAUAUUUUGUAAUACUGUUAAAGGCAUUGACAUGACUGUAUCAUGUUAAAAUGCUGUUGCUUUUAUUGAGGGCCUUAAAAAGGUUUUUACUUUAGUAGUGUGUUGGUUAGUUUAGGAGAAUUUGACCUAGUUUCUAUGUGACCAUGACCCAGUUCUAUGUGACCUUGACCUACCUUUAUGAAAUCCCAUUAAAAAGUUUUACUCUGCUUCUGUUGUACAAGCUUCCUGGUAUGACCAUCAGUAUAUUUGGCCAAGAUUGCAAUCACCCUCCCCCCCAAAAACAGUUUUGUUGUUAAUAUGAUCAUCGUAAUCAAAUGGAAUAACUACUGCGAGUUUUCAUUUUCACUAUUUAGAUAUUUUGCAACGAGUUCACCUUCAGAGAUAAAUUCAUAGCUGCUCUUUGAAAUAGAAAGCAGGGUAACUAACCUUGGUGCAAAGAAAAAGUAUGUUAUUAUAAUGUUGUGUAUUAUACACUUAGACUUACAAAUGUAUUCUGUGGUUUCAGGUUAUGUUUUUUAAACAAGAAUGUUUUAACAAUGAUAUAAUGACAUGAAGGGAUACAAAAUCUGAUGGCAAAUACACUUUCAUAAAAUCUCUUCUUAUUAUGGUGCAGAUACAAUGUUGUGUCUAGUUUUCUUGUGAAAAAUGAAGUAUAUUUGAUGUCAAAUUAUAUGAAUAUCUGAUAUGUGUGUGUGAACUAAAUUGUUUCUUCUUUCGAACUGAUAUAUUUCUCUCUUUAUUGGUCAUAUAAUUGAAAAGUAAUUGAUACUCUGCCGUAGUUUCACCAAUCUAGGACUGUUUUUGAUCAUCCUAGGAACAGGUGAAAUUAUGCGAAUAGUCUUUCGCUCCUAUUUAAAAUGUUCAUGUUGGCGACACCAAGUAAGUCCGUUGGUCAUUACAACAUGUUCUGGCUUGGCUCUUGUGUAGAUUUCUUUAUGAUUAUCUAAGCAGUCUUAGAUAGGUGAAACUAGAGUAAAUAUACAACCACUGUUUUGACAUGUCACCUUGUGAAAUCAAAGUUUUAAUUGUCACCAAUGAUUAUGCUUGGUAAUUGAUUGUCUUUGUAUGCUUAUGCCGUAUUGUCUUCAUGAUACAUGGUGGUAGAUAGAAUUCAGGCAGGUACAGUUGUUAAGAAUCGCCAAAUAAAAAUCUGUUGCUUGUAAUAAUCCAUUCUGCAUACCGUGCAGGGGUCAUUUACAUGAGAGAAAGACCCAAUGAAUCCUAUUGCUAGCUAAAUUGUUUCGCGUGAAAGUGGCCAGCUAAUCGGUACUUGUAUUGACUGGUCCAGAUUCAAUGGAGGAAAGAGUGAAAAGGGCGGAAUCUCAGGAUAGUACAAUCUUGCAUCUUGACAGUGCAUUGUUGUCUAAUAUAAAGAUUGCAUUGGAUUAAAAGCUUGUUGAAAGACGUCAAGUCUAUUUCAGGUUUGGCCAUUUGCGGUAUAACCUUUGUCAACUGAAUCAUCUGUUAUCAUGGCAAAAUGUACAGCCUUUUUGUCUUUAUCUCUGUUUCGAACUAUCUAUUUCAUGUGAAAAAUAUAUUUAUGAGAUGGAGAGCCGAUUUAUAGUUGUAAGAAUCCUUUAGCAGUAUUUAGCACUGUGCUAGCAGGUGUUCAGGUGCUAGCAGGGAUCAGGUGCAUCAGAAUUUCCCCCUGUGAUUUCUUCUCAACUGAAGCUGUCCUGAAUUAGACUAGUGUUUGCAGUAUUAAACCUUCCAUUAUAUAUAGUUCUAUCAAUCUGAGUGAUAUAAUUGAGAUGUAGUAUCGGUUGUACGAGUAACUCUGUGACAGCCUUUUAGCAAGAAUAACGGCGAGUCUUUCACAUAAAGUAUGUGUGAAACACAUUUGCGUGAUAUUGUUGUGUAACUCUUUCCCCCCAGUUUCUGCUUGCAGUUAUAGCCUCAAAGGUAUAUGUAAUGACGAGGCAAUAAUGUUUGGUCCGACGGUUGAAAAGUUUGCUUGAUAUUUCUCAGACCUUGGAUUUCUGUUCACUUCUUCAUCUUCGUUGGAGUUGCUUGUAGGUUUAGUAUCAGGCGUGAGCCAGGUGGGCCAGAUUAAUGUUUGACGAGUGACCAAAAGGUGUCUCUCCCAGUAUCUGAGAAUUUGAUUUGAGCACAUUAUUGGGUGGUUUGCCUCAUAUGGAUAGAGGGCACGACCAUAUUUUGUUUUUCGAGGCGUCAGUUGAAAACAAAUUCAAUUCAAAAUUGUACCAGAGAAAAAAUCUUGAAGAAAGAACAGCUUGAAAAGGUCCUCAGAGAAAGCAAACUUUUGCCACAUUUAUUUUAUGCAGACUUUGAAUAUAUACGGGUGUAUGUAAACUUACUUACCUCAAAAGAGGACAAUUUUACCUCUCUUUAGAUAUCAAUGUUGUGGAGAAGAAAUGACGAAUAUCAUUGCCUCGUCGUUUAGUAAAAAAACAACAAAAAAAGGUACAUUUUUGUAGCUUUGCAUCUUGUGUAUAACUACUGUCUAUAAAACUGCUGACUGUUGACUGUGUAUUGUGAAUAUGCUUUUGCUCAAGUGAAUCUAGAAAGCUUGGCACUUUUCUAUUUGAAGACUUGAAAUGAAAAUGAAGAAGAAUUUCUUAAAACUCCCAGUUCAGCUGUCCAAGAAAAUUAGGCAACUGAAAAUAAUCUGCUGGAGACUUUUGGAAUGCUAUGAUAAAAUUGUGUAAAGUUUUUUUUGUUCAAAAGAUCUAAACUUGCAACCAGUCUGAUGAUAACAAAAUUUAGGAUCAGUUUCCAGAAGAGAAUUAUUGUUGUGUUGAAUUUUCAUUCAGAAUCGUGAGAAAUUUCUUCAUUUUCAUUCUUACAGCUUUCAGAAAGGUUGAGCUGUUUUUUGGGAAUGCGCAAAACAAGCAUUACAUUGGUGAUUUGAUUGUCCCCUGCCUGCAGCAGCGCGAGGAGGACUCGAGAUUACCGGUCAUGGUGGUGGUGGUGUACUUCUGACAGGUUUGAGGAGUAAUUAUCCUGCCGUAUACUAAAAAACUGAAAGGAAAGUGUGUUAUGAUUGUGGUUUUUUUGUUUUAUCAUCAGCUUUGAAAAAGCAUUGUAACUCAGGGCUACUUUGCAAAGCAAUAUGUUGUACUUCAGGGUCUUCUUGUGCACUUUUUUUGUUGAACGGUACUCAGAACCAACAGACUUGAUGUCUAAAAUUCACAAAGUGGAAGUUUGGUCAACUUUAUUUUCACAUAAAAAUUGAUGACAUACACUCAUUGCACCAGAUUGUUUGGUGCCAUAAAUAUGACUGAUUAAAAAAUGAACGCAUUUCUUUUCUGGUCAGUUGGCGAACUGCAAGGCAGCAUUAGGUAUUUGUUAUAAAACAGGAGAAUUACUGGUAAUUCUUCUAGUCAUUAAUCAUGUGUGAAAAAUAAGUCGCUCCCUGUUUUGAUAAACCAUGUGCUUUUUUGGGUGAAACUCAAAUGCUUGCUAUGGCUCUGGCGAUAUGGUGAUUGAACAUGAAUCUGACUGGAUAUUUUGAAACAAACGAAGCUUCCGCGUAUUUCUGAUCUAAAACCCACCAAAUCUACUGAUUGCUCAGUUUGGUUGGCGCCUUUUUCAUUUCUGGUCAGUGCUUUAUCCUAUCCACCAUCAUCCUGGUCUUGACCUUGACAUUGAUCUUGACCUUGACCUUGUCAUUUCAAGAAUCAUGUUGCCAGUGUUACAGGGUCAAACUCUCAGUUGCCGUCUUUGGAAAAGACAAACGCAGAAGAAGGUGCAUGCCACAGAUUGUUGUCUGUAUUGAAAAUAUUUGUCAAUUGGGAACAUUUUUCCUCCUCCCAAUUAAAAGAAGGAAUUUCCAUCGAUGUGCUGUCAUUUUUCCCAGCACAUUGUCGUUUAUUUUGUGCCGGAGGAUCUCCGUCUCUAAGAGGAGAUUUUUGGGUGUCGUGGAGCAUCCUCAUACUUGUCAGAAGUACCAGUAAUGCUGUUUCGUGCCUUCCCCUCUUUGCUUGCCAAAUACGUGCAGGACAUUUUAUUAUUUUUCAAAGGAGUAUACGGGUGUCUGCUUAUGUUUCCAGUAUAGUGCAUCAUUAUAUGUAAAUAAUAUUGUGUAUCUUGUGUGUGUAGACCUUUAGAACGCUCUGGUGUAGUCUUUUUAGACAUAGAUCGAAUGUGUAACACAGGGUCCUCCUCUCACUCCCAUCUUGGUUUGGGUCUAUGAAUGUGCAAAUCUAGAGAACGGGUUUCUCUGCUUUAGGCUCUGGAAAAGUUAGUAAGUCAUCCUCCCAUGUAGCAGACCUUUGGGGUCGUUUCUGAAAUACAUUCCCACAGGUGUGAGUGUAUUUCAGAGGCAAUCCAAAGUCCUGAUGUGGGAAGAUUGAGAAGUUGCCUCUGCAAUGAAUUCAUUGUUCUGUGAAGUCUUGCUGAAUUGAUGGACAAUUGAGCCAGUUGAUGAAAUGCCGUAACCUCCGGUUUCUGACUAACAGUACAAAAUGUUGCUCUCAGUCUCGGAUGUACGGCAUGACUUCUGACAGCAGUGUACAUACUGCUGCUGGUGAUGAUGUGUCCAGGCUCCCAGUGGCUUGCAUCACUAAUUUCCGAGAAGCAUGCAGUCUUACUUUGUAACAAUAUGUCAAAGACUUUAUGGGUCAGUCAACCUUGACGAUACUAAAGGUACCAACAUUAGCAUUCUGCUGAAGGCAAAAAAACUCAGUGUUGCAAAUUUUGAUUGGUUUCAUGUGAUGCUGCUUUUUGCUUGCUUCACACUGAUUACCUCUGUGCAGCCCGGGAUGGUUUGUCAAGGUCAAGAUGAGAUUUGGGAAAAGAACCCUUUAGAAGUGAGAUGUUGGUAGGUGAAAUCCAGUCCUGUAUCAUGAUGUACUCUAAAUCACAAGCUAGGUGUAUAAGACACGGCAUCCAACUUUCCCCAAUCAGUUGACUUUGGGAAUUCGUGAAAAGAUACUGUGUUUUCUUUCAUUCUUGGUAAUUUUUACGGCAAAGAUAAUUGAGUGUAUUCUUCAUUGUUGGAUUUGAGCAAUUUUUGAGAUUUCAAAAAUUAGAAUGUCACCAAAUUAAGGGAACCCUUUACCAUGCAUGUGAUUCAGAGUAUUAUAUUUUUUUGAAGGAGAUCUAUUUAGUUUGUUGGAAUCUGUAAGUGUAAAAUUAGUAAAAUAUGGUCUUGGAUUUCGUGUGGUAGUUGUGUAUGUCUCACUUUCUGUAGUGUAAAUCUCAAAAUUUUAUAUCGCAUUAUCCUUGUCAGUUAUAAUUUUCAAAUUUUAAUAGAUUUGAUUGUUGAUUUACGUUUUUAUCAUCUCAUUCGGUGAUUCGAUCACAUUUUCAUCAAUCUAUCGGGAUGUGGUUGCCCAUGUUGAGUUCUGAUUCCAGCUUAUUGUUGUGGGUGCGGUCCUCUUAAAAGUCAAAUGAACAUCACAGCUAAAAUGUGUCAAUGCAGAGCGAUUAAGGUAGUUGCUUUGUCGCUUUUGAGGUGUAGUUCAGCAUGUUUGACACAGCUCCAUAACGCUUUUCCAAAGCUAAAUUGCACAGCAAUGAUAUUUGAUAUUUUUGGCAAUUUUGACCCAACACCUGCACUGAAAGCUUACUCUUAAAUUUGGCCUCUAAAUGUACCUGAUGUAGAACGAGUGGUAACUUGUAAUGUUUCUGUUCUGAUUACUAACUAGCAAUGGGUGUUUGUCCAACUGUUGUCUGAUACUGAGUAUAAAAUGUUGUCCUUCCAGUCUUUAAAACCUUGGACGAAAGUGACAGGUCCCUUGGAGUGGAUGAAACAAUUCAAUUUUACCAGGUCCCCUAUGUUGUUUAUGACGAUUUUAGUUCGUGAAAAAUUUUGUGAAAAACUAUUUUCAUGGUGCCAGCUAGGAACAUGACCGGCCACCUGAUUCUAUCAAAUAGAAUUACAUGUACUUUGAUCGAGCGUUUGAUUAUAAAUCGUCGUCUUUCCAAUGUUAUCAUUCUUCAUUGGCCGGUCAUUGUUGCAGGGGGUGAACAACGCUUUGUCAAAGUGUGUAGCUUUUGAAAAUGAACAAAAUUCUUUGAGCUGCUUCUUCUUUUUGAAAUCUUGAAUCCUAAGCCAUGAUUGUUUUGAGAAAUUGUUUUUAAAUAGAACUUAAACAUUGCCGCUGUACAGUAACUGAACUUGACAUGGAAAAAAAUUACCUAUAUAAUGGAAUACCAGUACAGUGGACACCUCCAUUAGUGGACACCUCUGUUAGCCGGAUGCCCUCUCUAUUGAGGAAAGUAUAAUGUUGGUCUCAAAUAGGUCGUUUCUAUUAUAUUUAACCUUUGUAAUCAGAACACCUGUCUGGCAUUUGUUAGUCACGAGGAUGUCUCAAAUUUUGAACAAACAGCGUAGGGGUUGAAAAUAUUAAGCGACAAUGAAGCUAAUUGCUUCAUGUCGUUCCUUUUAAAACCUAUUGACAACACCCACCGCAUACAAAUUUUAUUUGUAAAGGUGUAUUUUCACCUUUGCAGUAUCAUACAGGUAACAAAUGUCUAAAAUUAUUGAAACAUCUCAGAUUCCGCGCUCUAUAGUUGAUGUACCCACGUAUUGUGUCUCUCCUAGAUCAUAUACUGCAUGUGAACCCUCUUAUUUGCUGUGCUUUCCUUUAAAGGGACAGCAAAUUGUGCAGAAAGGAUUGAAAAUUGAAACAUGGGUCACUGAAUUUGGCAACUUUGUCAACAGUCCCAGAAGCUAAUUUCCUAGCUGAUAAAUUUUGGUCUAGGGUUAAAUGGUUUUAGAAGUAUAUUAUAUGAUAAUUUGUGGAGCUUAUGAAGUGCUCACUGUGUCGAAUGUAGUCAACAAUUUAAAUUAACCACGUUUAAAAAAGGUUUUGCCAAGGAAUGAUAUCAGUGACUUGCAGAUGACUGGCCCCUUUCAACUUAUAUCAAUGAAUAAAUGAUUUUGUUAAAAUUUGCAUGCAUUUAUCAUAAUUCAGUAAAUCAUAAUCAUAAUGUACUGGUAUUGUAAAUUAUAUUAUUAAAUAGUUUUUGUGGGGCCAGUCAAACUGCAAUUCACAUGUCGAUUUAUACCUCAAAUCCAAAAAAUAGGUCCGAAAUAAUUUCCUUGACAACACAUCUGGUUCUCGGCCAGUUCAUUUAAAAGGCACCAGGUGCCACGAUUUCUUUUACUAAGUGUGAAAAACUGUAUCAUUUUAGCAGUUGCUGCAUAUUCAUCAGUGUAUUUCAUGGCAACUAGAAUGCUAUAACCUGGACAAUGUUGUACAGUGUGUACAGCCGUCCUGGUUCUUCUAGUUCGAGUGAAAAACACUUUUGGCCAAACAAGUUAGUCUGUUUCUUGUCAUCAGAAUUAUCAACAAUUGACAAUAGAUUCUUUUAUUUUAUAUUUGUUUGUUAAUUUGAAGUUUUUGAAUGAGAACACAAUUGUACACCUAGUAUAUCCCCAACUAAAGAGAACUGUGUACAGUGGUGCCUUAUCUUGGUGCCCAUGUGCACUAUGUACAGCCCUGCCUCACAGUGGCCAAAUCUAGUCUGCUACACUCUGAAAGUUGUUAUUCGUUCUCAACUAGGCAAUAGGCGUAUUUCCUGGAGAUUGGUGUAAAAAAAACACGGACGAAAACACAAUGCAAGCAGGGUGAGAUCAACUUGACUAGAGCCCUCUUUCACCAAUAGCGUUACUGUAAACUUGGCCAGGUGCCACUGCGACUUUCAAAGAGGACAAGACAUGUCCUGAGUUUACAUACAAGUCCAAUGAAAGCAGGGUGAGAUCAACUUGACCAGGGCCCCGUUUCGCCAAUAGCCUUACUGUAAAAUGGCCAGGCACCACUGCGACUUUCAAAGAGGACAAGACAUGUCCUGAGUUUACAUAAAUGUCCAGUAUCACCAGGCGUGCUGCACCAAGGAGAAAAUGUCAGUGUAAGAUUAUGCCAACAAUUGUUUUGUGAAACUGACCACUGGAAAACAUUCAGGUUGGCAAGAAACAGAUUAACUUAGAAUUGGUUCUUAUUUAGCAUAUUUUUGUUUUUCUCAGGUUAAUAUUAACUGUAUGUUCAACAUCAUCUACUACUAGUAUUAGCAAUAUUGUAUUACGCUAACAUUGCACCGAGUGACUUGUUCUACCUCCAGCUUGUGUUUCGGGCUUAUGAAAAUGUUAUGAAUAAACUGUAAGUUCUAAAGGACAGAA